GUCCCCGCGCUUCGCCCGCCUCCCUGGCUCUUUCUUUCUCUCACCCCGGUGGCUGGUGUGGGGCUGGGGCUCCUGUGGUCCCGGCCUGUCCCAGCUUCCCCUGUCCCCGCUGCUUUCCUCCCCCAGCGCCCCCCCCACCUCGCUGCCGCUGCCUCCCCCUCCCAGCCUGCGCUCCUCUCCCGGCUCCCCCACCCCGCCCGCCGCCUGCUCAGGAUUGUGUCCCUGGGACGUGAGCUGUGGCUGCAGAUUGUCUCCCUAACCCUGUUGGCUGUGCUCGGUGUGUGUCUCUUUCCCGCGCGUGCGUGAGGAUGCUUGGGGCUGUGCUGGCAUGAACUUGGGCAUGUAUGCUCCCCCCCCCAACCAGCGCUGUUUUCUGUGUUUUUUUUCACUCCACUCUUUCCUGCACCUCUUCAUAUCAUUUAUUUAAAAUGGGAGGGGGGCUGGAGUACCCUGAACCUUAGAUUCAUUGCUGCCAUCCUCCUUUUGCAAGCCUAGCUUGGAAAAAGAGGAGUGAGAUUUAUUGCACUUGUAGGUCUAAUUAGGGGGGAAGAGGGGCUCCUGGCCUGUUCACUGGUUCCUUCUCCUCUUCAUGGAGCUGGGGCCGCCUCCUCCAGAGCUGUGGCCUUGUUUUCACCCCUCUACUUUGAAAGGAAAGUUUGUGACUGAAUCGUGCUUUCAUAGUAGUGUCAUUUUUUUAAAAGCAUGAUACUCAUUUUAUUUCUUCAUCAAACUCCACCCUCUGCUUAAAUACUGCAUACAAAUUACAAUUUACAACGGCAUUUACUGAUCCUUCUGAUUUGGCCAUAAUGCAUAGACUGCAGCUGGCAUGAGCUUCCACAUCAUUUAAUCUGUGUGUUGUAUGGGUUUCUUUUUUUUUUUUCCACAACUUUUGAUGUGGUAUUUGGAUAUGCUUCAUGUUCAUGUGGCAAGAGAUGCAGUGAUUUUCUUAUAAAUAUAUUUAGCUGUUUAUAGUUAAAGUUUAUCUCCUGACAAUCAUUAAAGAUUGUCUUAUCAUCAAAUUAGUGAACCAGUCAAUUUUGCAGAAUGCAGAUUACUCCUUCUUGUAAUUGACUUUAAAAUUAUAUUUUAUAUGCCACAAGAAAAGAAAUUGAAUUCCUUCAGAUCUCAAGGAGCAGGCAAAUAUGACGACUUCAUUUCUAGCUCCAGGGAGAUUUUGUAGGCAUCUGGAAAAAAAAAAAAUUUUGAAUUGUGCUCUCAUUUAAUUGAAAAAUAACUGCCAAGUUCAAAACUAUAAUUAGAAAAAAAGUAUUCUAGCCAUUAUGUUUCAGGAGCUUAAAUUGCACUGGAACUUGCAUUGAAAUUAGAAUCAAAGCAAACUUAAGAAAAAAGUGUACAACCUGAAAUACGACAGCUACGUGUACAUGGACAUAUCUAUAUCAAUUGUUGGGGGGAGAUUUCAGUACCCCUAACUUUCCCUAAAGUUGUCUUUGUUUACAUGGCAAUUUAAAACACUGGCACUGUUGAAGAAAAACAUACACAUUAAAAAAAAAAACUUUGGUCAGCUUUAAGAACUCAAAGCAUGCUUACGUUUUGCAUUCAGAUGGUUAAUGAAUCCAGUGUUUUUGCAGUUGCAAGCUCGUGCACUCACUGGGCAAAGCUGGCUGCAGGUUGCAGUGACACCACGCAGGACAGACAUUAAUUAUAUUCCCCACUUUUUUCAAUAAUGUUUGGCUACUCGGUUCAGCGAGGAAGAAUGCCUCCUACCCAGCCCAAUCCAGGCCAGUACGCACUCACCAACGGGGACCCCCUCAAUGGCCACUGCUACCUGUCCGGCUACAUCUCGCUGCUGCUGCGCGCCGAGCCCUACCCCACGUCGCGCUACGGCAGCCAGUGCAUGCAGCCCAACAACAUCAUGGGCAUCGAGAACAUCUGCGAGCUGGCCGCGCGCCUGCUCUUCAGCGCCGUCGAGUGGGCCCGCAACAUCCCCUUCUUCCCGGAUCUGCAGAUCACCGACCAGGUGUCCCUGCUGCGCCUCACCUGGAGCGAGCUGUUCGUGCUCAACGCGGCCCAGUGCUCCAUGCCGCUGCACGUGGCGCCGCUGCUGGCCGCCGCCGGCCUGCACGCCUCGCCCAUGUCCGCGGACCGCGUCGUGGCCUUCAUGGACCACAUCCGCAUCUUCCAGGAGCAGGUGGAGAAGCUCAAGGCGCUGCACGUCGACUCCGCCGAGUACAGCUGCCUCAAAGCCAUCGUGCUGUUCACGUCAGAUGCCUGUGGCCUGUCGGAUGCAGCCCACAUCGAGAGCCUGCAGGAGAAGUCCCAGUGUGCCCUGGAGGAGUACGUGAGGAGCCAGUACCCCAACCAGCCAAGCCGUUUUGGCAAACUGCUGCUGCGACUGCCCUCCCUGCGCACCGUGUCCUCCUCCGUCAUCGAGCAGCUCUUCUUCGUCCGUUUGGUAGGUAAAACCCCCAUCGAAACUCUUAUCCGAGAUAUGUUACUGUCUGGGAGCAGCUUCAACUGGCCUUACAUGUCCAUCCAGUGCUCCUAGAGCUCGGCAGGUUCCACCGCCCCUGCCCCCUCCCCUAGAGAUGGAGAGACUCCUGAGGGCCAAGGACUCCGAAGCCUUAGGGGCUGCAAGUGCUGAGAGCCAGGCAGGCCAGGGGGAGGGGGCUGGGGACAGGUGCCCGCCCCGCAGCAGUGCACCAUGCGAGCGAGCGAGCGCUACAAAUCAGGAGAAAGAGACUCUCUUAGGAUCAGAUCUGUGAGCACGUUGGAAAGGGAAGAAAGAGGAUCUUGUGUCUAGUGAGAAAAUGAAAAAAAAAUUUGGAAGAGAGGACCAUUGAGAAUUUUAAUAAAACAGAAGGAAACUAAUGGACCUUCCAGGAUUUAUUGUGGACGGCUGUGGAUAUAUUCUGUACAGAAAACAACACCUAUGGAAGUGGACUGAAUCCUAUGUAGAAACACACACACAGACACACCGAACAUUGUUAUUCAUUUUGUAAAAUACUAGUCUUUAUUUUCAUUUUUUGUAAAAUUUAAACAUCGUAUGCGCAUAAAAAAGGAAACAAGAAUUAGGGGAAAAUAACAUUUUCCAAAUAAUUAUAAAAAUUGUCCUGUGUCUAUGUAUCUAUAUCUGUUUUGUAUUUUUUUCUGGUUCCAAACCAGAUUUCCUGUGAUUCUAUACUAAUAAUUUUUGAUAUAACCCUUUGCUUCUUAUAAUGAGUGCGAUAUAUGUUGUCGAGACUGUUCUUCAAGAAUUAAAAUUGAAGUGAAAAUUUAAACAAAAAUAAAAGAAUUUAGCAAAA